UGAGGAUACCACUUUUCGCGAAGAAGCAGUCAGGCACUAUCACCACCACCAAGUCAAUUCCCGCGAUACCCCCCAACACAUCGCCAACAUGCCUCGUGGACUCAAUGCGGCGCGCAAGCUGCGCAUGAACCGUAAGGACCAGAAGUGGGCCGAUCUCGGAUACAAGAAGCGUGCCCUCGGUACCGCUUUCAAGUCCUCCCCCUUCGGUGGUUCCUCCCACGCCAAGGGCAUCGUCCUCGAGAAGGUCGGUGUCGAGGCCAAGCAGCCCAACUCCGCUAUCCGAAAGUGCGUUCGUGUUCAGUUGAUCAAGAACGGCAAGAAGGUCACUGCUUUCGUCCCCAACGACGGUUGCUUGAACUUCGUCGACGAGAACGACGAGGUCCUCCUGGCCGGUUUCGGUCGCAAGGGCAAGGCCAAGGGUGAUAUCCCCGGUGUCCGUUUCAAGGUCGUCAAGGUCUCUGGUGUCGGUCUGCUUGCUCUGUGGAAGGAGAAGAAGGAGAAGCCCAGAUCCUAAACGGGUAGGCUUUUUCGAAUCGCGCGAAGCAUGGGAAGGACAGUGGAAG